ACUUCCUCUGUGGAAUACAGCCUUUCCCUUUUGAUCCCCUGAAUAGCGGUUUCCUGAGCGGGUUCCCGAUCUACCAAAUCGGUCGUCUUCAGUUUUCUGUUAGAAAUUUUCAAUCUUUAUUAAAAAGGAAAAAAGGGGUCUUCUUCAAUGGAAAAGGAGAAUCUUUUGCAUUCUGUUCAUGAGAAAAGAAUAGAAACCCUUUUCCACACCAAUCUCCUUGCUGAACCUGUCAGCACAGUGUCAGAAUCUGAGGUUGUGCCCAAAUUGGCUGAGCAAGAUGUGGAUUCUGCAAAAGAUGGACUACCAUCUGAUUCAGUGUCUGUUAUCUCUUCAGCAGAUGCUACUUGCGGCAUGAAAGGUGAGAGUCCUCGAGGUUUGGAUGGAGAGCAGGGUGUCAAUCCACCUACUAGCUGUUACAAUUAUUACUACCCAGGAUACAAUGGGCCCUUUGCUCAACUUGAUGAUAAUGGUUAUUUUAUUACAGAUGGUCCACGUACAGAUAUGCCGUCAGAAAAUGGUCCGCUGGUCUAUUAUUUGCCAGGCUACAGUCCAUAUGCAAAUGGCACUGUAAUGGGUGUUGAUGGGCAAAAUGUGGGUCAACAACCAUAUUUUUCUUCAGGAUUUCUCCAUUCUCCUGUUUCUUAUGGAUCAGAUGCAUAUUCAUGGGAUUCUACAUAUUCUGGAGAUGUUUCCAAUAGAAAUCUUGACAGUUAUGGAAGUGGGAAAUAUGGUGCAGGUUCUACCACUUAUGCAAAGUCAAAUGGAUACAACUCUAUGAAAACAAAUGGCAAUCUUGGUGGCAAAUUAGCAAAGCCUGCUUAUGCACAAUCCUACAAACCAACAAGCAAGGUGCCUUUUUUUGUUUCUGAUCAAGGGGCAGGGUCCUUCAAGGGAUACCAAUCAGCAGGAAGAUACUCGUCAUUUAACAACCAAAAGGCAGGGGUUUACCCACAUAACAGUCCAAUGUACUACAGAUCGAAUGGAAGACAUUGGAAUCAAAAUGAUAGAUACAAAGCAUCCAACAGGAAUACUGAUUUUGAAAACUCACCCGAACCAACUCGUGGUCCUAGAGCCUAUGAGAAAACUGCUUCAUUAGACUCUUCCAUCAAGAGUGAAGAUCUGGGGCUAUCUGUACGGAGAGAUCAAUAUAAUCCUCCAGAUUUCCAAACUGAAUAUGAAAAUGCCAAGUUCUUUGUUAUCAAGUCCUAUAGUGAAGAUGAUAUCCAUAAGUGCAUUAAGUAUGAUGUGUGGUCAAGUACUCCAAAUGGCAAUAAGAAGCUAAAUGCAACUUACAAUGAUAUAGACGCAAAAGAAAGUGAAAAUGGUGCAGAAUGUCCCAUCUUUCUUUUUUUCUCGGUCAAUGGAAGUGGGCAGUUUGUUGGCUUAGCAGAGAUGGUUGGCCAGGUGGACUUUAAUAAAGACAUGGACUUUUGGCAACUUGACAAGUGGGUUGGUUUUUUCCCUGUUAAGUGGCACAUUAUAAAAGAUAUUCCUAACAAUGAGCUGCGGCACAUCAUCCUAGAAAACAAUGAUAACAAGCCAGUAACUUUUAGCAGGGACACUCAAGAGAUUGGUCUCAAGCAAGGCUUAGAAAUGCUGAAAAUUUUUAGUAGUUACACUGCAAAAACAUCAUUGCUAGAUGACUUCAGCUUCUAUGAACAUCGACAGAAAUCUCUUAAUAACAAAAAGUACACCAAGCCUGCUACUCUACGAAUGGAAGUAUACGAGAGCAAUGAUUUCACUAAGCAAAGAAAAGCUGGUGAAAGGAAAGUAGAAGAAGACUUAACAAGGAUCGAGAAAACUGUGGGUGGCACAUCUCUCAUCAAUCUUACAAAAAAUCUCUCCCUUAAUGGAGGUAGCCGCAACACAAAGAACAGUGCAGUAAAGAAUCCGAUAGAACAUUCGAUAGCUUCAUUAGCUGCACCAUAAGCAUUUUAGAGAUUCCAGGACCCAGAGAGGAAAAUCAGUUGAGUUGUACAUUGCUUUUCUUUCUAAAUUCAUCCAUAGCUGCAAGUGAUGAGCCCCAAGCUGAAGUGGGCAUUUGUUAAAGACAUUAAAGUUAGUUUCAUUUUCAUCAAUCAAAUUCUUUGUUUUUAUCUUUCUAUCUAUGCUUGGAAACUGUCUCUCACCUAUUACCUCGAUAAUCAUGGUUCUUCCAUUUGUUAACAUGUAAUGAAUUGCUUAGGCUUUGCUGAUUAGUUUUAUAGCUCCGAAGAGUUCAGAAUGCAAAAAGAGUGACUGCUUCUGCAAAAUCCAUGGCUUCAUAUUGUUGUUCUCUUAGUUUCUGGAAAGUAAUUCUCCAGAAUGAAGAAACAGAAAGCUUACUAAAACUAAGUUUGUGAU